CUCUUCAUUAGCUCCGCCCGCCCGCUUCAGACUGAGAUAGAGAUCCGCUGUUCCUCCUGCACACACGCACACAUAUACACACACACACACACACACACCCACAGACGGAGCGGGACUGAACAGAGCUGUGUGCCCGGUGAGGAGGACUGAUGACCGUCGGACAAUGGGACGUCACGUUUUUCUGAACAAACUGUGUUAACUGAAGGAAAGUGAAGUGUGUCUGACAAGCAGCGGCAGAAGGACGAGCAAACCAAUCAAAGACACUGAAGGUUGCCGAAGGCUCAGAGGUCAGAGGUCAUCAUGCAGAGUAUAAAGUGUGUGGUUGUGGGUGAUGGUGCUGUAGGGAAGACCUGCCUCCUCAUCUCAUAUACCACCGGUGCUUUUCCCAAAGAGUAUAUCCCCACUGUGUUCGACAACUACAGCAGCCAGGUGACUGUUGAUGGGAGGACCAUCAGUCUGAACCUGUGGGACACGGCAGGUCAGGAGGAGUACGACAGGCUGAGGACGCUGUCUUACCCGCAGACCAACGUCUUCAUCAUCUGCUUCUCCAUCUCGAGCCCCGCCUCUUACGAGAACGUCAAACACAAGUGGCAUCCAGAGGUGUCGCACCAUUGUCCCGGCGUCCCCAUCAUGCUGGUCGGCACGAAGAGCGACCUCCGGAACGACGGCGAGACUCAGAGGAAGCUGAAAGAGCAGAACCAGACGCCCGUCACCAACCAGCAGGGCAACGCCCUCGCUCGCCAAAUCCAUGCUGUCCGCUACCUGGAGUGUUCAGCUCUCAACCAGGAUGGCAUAAAGGACGUGUUCGCAGAGGCGGUGAGAGCCUUCCUCAACCCGCAGCCCACUGUCACCAAGAGGCCCUGCGUCCUGCUGUAGGACCGAGUGUCACCGGUUCGACUCUGUGGCGUCAUGCCCGAAAGACUGUUUCUGUUUUUUAUGUUUGGUUAGAGUUUUAUCUCUGAAGAAUUAUAAAGGGUUGUUUUGGGCUCAGGGUUGAAAUUAUAGGGGGAGCUGGGAAAACAUGUGGGGGUGCCAGAAAAAUGUUAAAUUAUCGACCAUAAAGCAUUUUUAAUGCUAAUAAUAAUAAUAAAGUCCGACAUUAUCUGUGGUUUUUAAAGGAGUGCAGCUCUGCAGCGUUCACUGACUUUAUGUUCAAUAACACAUUUAACUUCUGAGCGUGCAGCAGGUUUUUUAUGUGUUUUAUACAGCAGGAGGUUAAACUGUGAGUGGAUUUGAUGUCAAACCCCCCCCCCCUCUCUCUCUCUCCUGUGAGGUCAUCUUCAGAUGUUUUUAUGGUUCAAGUUCAGGUUGGAAAAUAUAUACUAGUCAAACUUCAAUUAAAACCAUCUUUACAUCUAUACAAAUACAAAAAACUUUACGGCUCUUAAACACCAGAACUCUACAUCUCCACUUUUACUUUACAAAACACAGAUUUGACUUCAUCCUAUCACAGUCCAACUGGCACAGAUGUGAGUUAUUGUAGUUUAGCUGCUGAUUUGAUACCAGAACCGAAUUGCUGCAAUAUCAGUCAAAAAUGACACUGCUUCUCAGAGACAUAACUAAGUCAGAACAACUCUCUAUACCUCCUGUUUACAUCCCCCCAAAGCAUGAUGGGGACUGUAGUUCACUUACAGCACGGUGUUUUGAUGAAAUAUGGGUGUGGAUAAAAUAUCGAAACUUGUCUCUAAGUGAAUUUGCAUCAGUGUGAAGAUGGUCUGCGAGGACGGGCGGGUCAGACAGGAAGCAGCUCUGGUGGAGUCACAGAGUGAUGUAAAUAGAAAACAGGAAGUUAAAAUGAAUGGUUAUUGAUACUGAGAAUUUCACUGCCGACAGACAGAGUUUACACGAGCGUUAAUAUGUGAUAUCUUCAUAGUUCACUGUCAGGUAAAAACCCCUUUGUCUCUGUGUGGUAUGACAUGUUUUCAGAUCAAAUUCUCCUGAUGCUCAUUGAACAUUAAAGAUAAAAACAAAGUCUUCUCUUAUAAACUCAUAAACAAGACGAGAUAAAUCAUUUUCUCAGUGUGGAAACCAUCAAAAAGGUUUAAUAGUAAUUAAGUUGUUGUCGGAGACAAAACAGCAUCAGGUACAUGAGAGAAAAAAUUAGAUGCGUGAAUGUAAUUAAAGGUAUGGUUGGACAUUAUCCUAAAUAAAUCUGGAUUUACUUUUAACUGCAUCUCCAGACUCUACAAAGUCUGUUUUACAUGUUUAGAUUGUUAAAGAGAUUUUUUUUUUAAAGUUUUGACGAGUGAGCCUUGAGUUUUAUUUGAAACUACCACCAAACCAAAUGUGCUGCAGUCCGCUGAUCGACAGCAGGUAAAACACAGAGAAAUUAAAUGGCAAGACUGUGAAGGGGAAGAUUGUCUAAUGACUGUAAGCUUUAAAAUUUGCUUUGCAAAUGUUUUAUGUGGAAGUCUGUCGGAAACAAACCCUGAAUGUAAACAGGACAUUGGCCACCAUGUUGUUUUUAGCCAUGCGUGGCUAGCUGAGCUUUAAAACUAUACAGUCCAGUAGGCUACAAUUUGUCAUGAUUUCUAAAUUUAACUUACUUGUAAGUUUAAAAAGAUGUGAUUUUCUUUUUUUUGUUGGUUGAUUUUGUUUUUUAUUAAUUUACUGUAUUUUUAUUUAAAUGUGACAAUACAUUUAAAACAUGUUUCAUUCAGCA